UCCUCCAACUUGCGUCUACCGUCAACGAGGCUCCAGCUGGCUCAAUUGCAUAAGAUGUUACUCACAAACUCAAAACGAGCCCUUGCUCUUUUCCUCACGGCAGGCGUGCUCCAAAUUCAAGCAUUUCCCCAAGACGGCGCCCCAAAUUCUCUGCUCGUAAGCACUCCUUCCAGACUUUCUGGUGACCAAGCUGGCAAACAAUCUGGUCUCAUGAUAACUAACAACACGGCCACAGCCAGCUUUCACUCUGAUCGGCGGAAACGGUGGCGCGGAAACAGGAAGAUGCACAGGUGCGAAUCUCGACAACUUGAAGGCAUCCUACGAGGAUAUGUGCUUGAUGGCACAAAGAGCUCGAGACGAGAUUGAUUUCAUUUUAGCACAGGCUGCUGCAACUCAAGGUGAAGGGCCACCUAGGCCCGAUAAAGCCGCUGCUCAAGCAGACAUCAACACCUGGCAGAGGUGGCAUCGUGUACGCGGGACUUUUAUUUCAAUGUUUGGCCAUGACGUCUUCGCGAAGCAUGAAGAUGCCACAGGCAAUCCCAGCGAUGUGCCGCCUGGUCAACCCAAGGGCUUCGCUAGGCAGCUUACGCGAGGUCAGUAUAUGACCUUAGAGAAGAACUAGAUUUGCUGUCUCGAAGUGCUAAGAUUUGUGCAGGCUUCUAUGACCGGGUAGCGACAGAAUUCUGUGGCGGUGUACCCACUCAGAAGUUGCUCUUGUGCACUGAUGCAGACUUCAGAUUCAUCCCAAUAGGAACAACGGAUCCCGGCGAUCCGCAAGGCCAGAACAUCGAAACCACUCGUAAAUAGUGCCACUUCUGCACCAAGAGAAGCUCAUUACUGACUGUUCCUAGAUCCACAGUGCAGAAACGUCGGUGGUGUUUGGUAUUCGCCAAACAUGCCCAAUGAUGGCCGACGAUAUGACGAAAGUCCACCGCCAAGACAGCCUGGAGAGCCGGUGGCAUGUCAUGGAAGCGGAGAAGACUCCUUGGCGGUCACAGUGCGGGCGUGGAAUGCCAUAGUCUU